AUGGACGCAGGCAGCCUCCACCAGGGCCUUGAGGCAGAUGGCUUCUCCUCUGGUGGUACUGGGGCUCGCUUUGCACAUGCUGUCAUCAUAGUAGCCGGAGUCUGCGCCCUUGUGGCAAGUCUGGUCACUGUCGUUGCUGUCUGGUUACAGACGAAGAACUACAGAAAGCCAAUGCUACAAAGAUAUGUCGUUCGUAUACUGCUCAUGGUGCCAAUUUACUCGGGCGCAUCAUGGGCCAGCUUGGUCUCCACUACGGCAGCAGCCUACGUAGAGCCCUUCAGAGACGUUUACGAGGCCUUCACAAUCUACACUUUCCUCCAACUGCUGAUUAACUUCAUUGGCGGCGAGCGCGCCCUCAUCAUCCUCAUGACCGGUCGAGCCCCCGUCUCUCACCUAUGGCCACUGAACCUAUUCUGCUCCAAGAUUGACAUCUCCGACCCACACACGUUCCUUGCUAUCAAACGGGGCAUCCUCCAAUACACAUGGGUCAAGCCGCUGCUCUCGGUAGCCACCAUCAUUAUGAAAGCCACAGGGACAUACCAGGAAGGUUAUAUUGGCUUAACUUCGGGCUACUUCUGGAGUGGCAUGAUCUACAAUGUCAGCAUUACAAUCAGUCUGUAUGCGCUCGCCAUGUUCUGGGUCUGCAUGUCCACAGACCUCAAGCCCUUCCGUCCCAUGCCCAAAUUCCUGUGUAUCAAGGGCAUCAUUUUUGCUUCCUAUUGGCAAGGCUUUUUUCUUUCCAUUCUCGUGUUCCUUGGUGCUAUCCCGGAUGACGUCGCUGGUUACACUCCUGACAAUCUAGCUGCUGCCAUCCAGGAUGCCCUCAUCUGCUUCGAAAUGCCUCUCUUUGCAGUGGCUCACUGGUAUGCCUUUUCCUGGCACGACUAUGCCGACUCAACCAUCUCGGCCGCAAGGCUACCCGUCAAGUAUGCAUUGCGUGAUGCGUUUGGUCCACUCGAUCUCAUACAGGACACCAAGGAGACUUUUGCGGGCAAGCAUUACGAGUACCGCUACUUUGACGCUCGUGACAAUGUACUUGCACACGAGGAAUCUUCAUCAAGAGCUGCGCGAAUGGCGGAAGGAAUGCGCUUCGAAAGAGGAGGCAAGGGCAAGUACUGGAUUCCAAAGCCUGGACAAGGCUCAGAGCAUGAGCCUUUGCUUAGCAAAGUCACAUCAAGUCGCGCCCGAGCAAUGAGCCCUGGACCACACAAAGCUCUCAAUGGCGAGGGUGCCAAGUACGGGACACCUGACGUUGUUGAAGAGCCUGAACUAGACGCUGACGAAGAGCGACUCUAUGGAAAUGCACGUGAGCUGGAGUUUGGAGAUUGGAAUUACCCCGUCAUCGAAGCGCAUCGGCCAUCACGCGAAGACCGCUUGUACGCAGAUCCAAACAUACUAACUGCUUCCACCAACCGCAAUUUGCUACAACCGACCAAGGACCACAAACGAAGACGAAAAAGCCAGAUCAAGGAGAUCCAAUCGUCUGUGGACAAGGGCAAGCAGCGUCGGGGGUCGAGCGCAGCAGCGUCUUCACGCUCAAAGUCGCCGCAUUCCAAAUCACACGCCCCCUUUAGCCACCUUCUGCGUCAAAAGUCGUCAUCAUCAAGCUCUGCGAAAUCGGACCGGUCCCAGCUUGUGGACUUGGUUGUUGAAGAUCGCCAAGCUGAGGAGGUGGAACGGGUGCGGGCACGGAAGGAAGGAGGCCCAGGAUGGAACGAAGUUCCGGCAAAGCAUUUUGUCCACACGUAUCCUAGAGAAGGUGAGACGGAAGAGGUGCGAGAAGGCUUCAACCCUGAUGAGCCGGAGGCACACAAUCCCGAGGCAGAGCACAACCUCAAUCGGCCGUUUGCUGUGGAUGAACAAGGCGAGGAGGAGCAGCGGGAGCAAGACAUCAGGCCGCACGUGACGAGCGAGGCCAAUCAUUGGGAAACACGCGACGUCAGUGGGCACAAUGGAGAUGAGGAGGACCGGCUCAGCCCGUCAUAUGGUAGUUUCAGAGAGGAGCGGAAUGCCUGGAGCCAGAACUAA